AUAAAUAAUCGAAUGACUUCCGCUGACGAAUUUUGAAUGCAGAGCGGUUUAUGUUGGUUUACUACAACUAAGGGCAAAGUGGUAGAAAAAUACUUAUUUAGAAAAUCUGAACUUUUCAGUCGCCGAAAACAACUGUAAAUAGCAAGCCAUAUCCUGAGAUGGAUCAAGCAUUGGAGAAAUUACUUAUUGGGCUCGCAGUUAAUAUAAGUCGUAGUGAUGGAAGAAUACACAGCGCCACUGUGAAAACGGUCAACAUCACUAAAGCCACAAUCAAUGUGGAAUGGGCUGAGAAAGGCAUGACUAAAGGGAAAGAGGUUGACCUGGAUGAACUCAAGCAACUCAAUUCUGACCUUAUGCAACACCUUCAACCAUGUCGUCAAGAGGAACCAAAGCCCACCACGGCCCCUAUCGCUGCACCUGAGAAAAAAAUGGCAAAAAACAUCAGAGCAUCGGAGCUUCUUUCAAGGUCAUCCAGAAUACCUACUUCAGAACCUGCUCCUCAGGAUAAUGAUUGUCCAUCUGAAGAGUCAGCCUCUAGAAGAAUGACCACACGUCAGACGUGCUUGUUCCGACUGCCCGCCCCUCCACCUGUGGUCUCGGCAACGGCUGCAGAAGUAGUUCUCGCUCAGGAUCUUCCUACAUCUGCGACCCCUAAACCCUCAGGCUACCAGAAGAGACUUGUUUCAAAGGUAGCUUCUCCUCUGCUACCAACUAUUGAGGCUAUAUGUGAGAGUGAGGCUUCCAAAUGUGCCCCCAUGGGUCCACCAAGCAGUCGCAUAUCUCAAAUGUCGGAAAUGUUUGGGGGUCAAACAAGGGUGGCAAACAAACGGUUGUCGCUUGCUAAAAAUCCUGAAGCACAAAAGAGAGGAAAGUUUGGAGAUGCAUGUCGCCCUAAUAAGCAGUUUUACCAGAUGAUUGAAGACUUCAGAGAGACCCUGGAGAAAGUACCCAUGUCCUUUUCCGAUCCUGUCAAACCUCACAGAAUAUGUGUUUGCGUUCGCAAACGUCCUCUGAAUAAAAAGGAGUUGGCAAAGAAAGAGAUUGAUGUGGUCACAAUACCUGGUAAUGGAGCCCUGCUGUUGCAUGAGCCCAAGCAGAAAGUGGAUCUGACCAAGUACCUGGAGAAUCAGAACUUCCAUUUUGAUUACUCAUUCGAUGAAGAUGCCACUAAUGACUUGAUUUACAGGUUCACCGCUAAGCCUUUGGUUAAGACCAUUUUCGAGGGUGGUAUGGCGACGUGCUUUGCAUAUGGCCAAACAGGCAGUGGCAAAACUCAUACUAUGGGUGGAGACUUCACUGGAAAAAGCCAAAACAGCUCUAAAGGGAUUUACGCCCUGGCAGCACAGGAUGUAUUUACCCUCCUAAAGCAAAAGCGAUAUGCUGAUAUGGACCUUUGCCCAUAUGUCACCUUUUUUGAAAUCUACAAUGGCAAGGUGUUUGACUUGCUGAAUAAGAAAGCAAAGUUGCGUGUUUUGGAGGAUGAGAAGCAGCAGGUCAACGUUGUUGGCCUGCACGAAGUUCCCGUGUCAUCUGUUGAUGACGUCAUCAAGAUGAUUGAGAAGGGAAGUGCAUGCAGAACGUCUGGCCAAACGUUUGCAAAUGCCAUCUCCUCACGUUCACAUGCGAUUUUGCAAGUAAUCCUAAAGCGGCGGAAUUUCCUCCAUGGGAAGUUCUCUCUGGUGGACCUUGCUGGGAACGAGCGUGGCAAUGAUGUCAGCAGUAAUGAUCGGCACACCAUAGUGGAGACUGCGGAGAUCAACCGUAGCCUGCUGGCUUUGAAGGAGUGCAUCCGCUCUUUGGGUCAAAACAGUGAGCACAUCCCAUUCAGGAUGAGCAAACUCACCCAGGUGCUUCGAGACUCCUUCAUUGGAGAAAAUUCAAGGACCUGUAUGAUCGCAAUGAUAUCACCUGGUAUGGGCUCUUGUGAAUACACUCUGAAUACACUACGUUAUGCAAACAGGGUAAAGGAAUUGAAUGGUAUGUCCAAGGGAGCUUCAGUGGAGAAUUUUUCACACCUAGAGAUUUCUGAGGAGGGAAACUCCUCAGAGGAGGAGUCUGUUGUUCCAGCAUUUGAGGCUAUAUCACAAGUGUCUAAUAUGGAGGAGAGGUUUUAUGAAGAAUUGAAGGGGUGCAGUGAGAUUGCCAGAUCCAUGGAAUAUCCCUCGUUUGAUAUUUUAGCAAAUUUACCAGAGAUUGAUGCAUGUAUGACGAAACUCCAAGCGUCUUACCAGGCUUUGAGAUCAGCUAUUGAAGCAGAACAGAGGAUCAGGAUGUCACCAACCUAACCUAAGAUGAGAUUCAUCUGCGAACAACUGCAAAGAAACCUCUUCAAUUUGUUUUCAGUAUGUUCUUUUAAUAAUCUUAUCUGCUAUCUGGCUAGAGAUACAUCAAGUGUUUGUUUGUUUGUUUUUAUGUGUGUACGCUUCAAUUAUUUUUGUGUACUGAAUAAAGGUUCCCUCAUCUUGGAUCUUUUUUGCAAAUCAUAAUCAUCACAUUUUGAAUGCUGUGUCUUGGUUUUUUAAAGCAAUCUUCAUAAAUCAUCAGCUCUUGUGAUUUUUUUUUUUUUUUUUUUUUUUUUUUUUUUUUUUUUUGUGCACUUGGAUUCUAACUUGUUUCACAUCACAUUGAAACUUUUUUUUUUUUUUUGGUCCCCAAAAUGAGACAGUUCCCAUCAUCCCAAAACCACCACCCCCAGCCUUGACCUCCAAAUCGCCACAAUAUACAAGCCACAAACAGUGUAUACACUUGCCCUGCAAGCACAAGCUUACACAUGACAAAUCAAAGGCCUAAUAAACUCCUCACACUGAACAGUUUACCUCAAAGGAUGAAAAUAAACAAAAUCAGCCUGUGAGUGGGUGGCCCCACAUCUCCGUGUGAGGCCUAGAAGCUCAACGGCUUCCUCUGAGCUCUUUGGGUGGCAUUUCCCACCCCCUCCCAACUAUUUACCCCCAUACUGUGUAAAUGCAUAUAUCUGUGUUUGCAUAUAUUGCACCAAAAUUGUGAAUUCAAGUUAAAUGUAUCUUGCGCGAUCACUACAUUUGUAGACACACUGUUGCACACUUUUACAAGACUGUUCAUUGUUAAAUGCUUAAUAAAUGAUUGUCUUUCUCUGUA